CUCCAAAAAGGGACGAAACCAAAAGUCGCCACUUUUUCUUGUUUUUUUCUGUUCCCUUUAAAAAGCCACAGAGACUUCUCUCUCACAGACCCAUCAAUCUAGCUUCAGCUGUUUAUGGAGUCCAUACGGAAGCAAGCCUGCAAGCUCAGGGAGCAAGUCGCUAAGCAACAGCAGGCUGUAUUGAAACGAUUGGGAAGUUUAAGUAAUGAAGCUGUUAUGGUUGAUGAAGCUGAAAUUCUGUGCCAUCAACAACUUCAUGAUUUAUACACUUCUACGAGGGCAGCGAAGCAUUUUCAGCGGAGUAUUGUUCGGGGAGUUGAAGCUUUUAUUUCCAUUAGCUCAAAACAAAUGGAAAUAGUAAGGAAGUUGGCUGAAGAUUGCUGCAAAUAUGGAGCUGAAAAUCAAAACACUAGUGCCCCUCUAGUUAGAGCUUCAACUUACUUUGGUACUUCACAUGAUUCAAUUGAAGAAGAGAGAGAGACUUUCCUUAGGAUCCUAGGUGAGCAGGUUUAUGAACCUUUACGGGCACAACUAACUGGGUCUCCUUUGGAGGAUGCUCGUCACUUGACUCAUCGUUAUGAUAAACUGCGUCAGGAGGUCGAAGCCCAGGUGGCUGAAGUAUUGAGGCGUCGAUUGAAAUCCAAGGCUUCUGGAUCUUCUGAGAGUUCCUUGAAGCUUCAAAAUACAGAAGCAAGAUUGACAGAGCUUAAAUCCACUGCGGUGGCACUUGGCCGAGAAGCGACUUCUGCAAUGUUGUCAGUUGAGGCUCAGCAGCAACAGAUGACUUUCCAGAAGCUUCUUACUAUGGUUGAUGCUGAAAGAUCUUAUCAUCAACAUGCGCUUGCUAUUCUAGAGAAGCUACAUUCUGAGAUGAUUCUGGAAAAGCUACCACAAGAAUUUUCAUUAGAAUCAGAGAAGGUGCAUCCAAAUGCUAGUUCAAAGAGAUCCGAUGAUCCUGAACAGCUUACUCAAGAUGGCAAUUUUUUCAUUGCAAGAGCUAUACACCCAUUUGAUGCUCAAGCAGAUGGAGAGUUGAAUCUAUCAAUAGAUGAUUAUGUUGUGGUUCGUGAGGUGGGCCCUAAUGGAUGGUCUGAAGGGGAAUGCAAUGGCAAGGCCGGGUGGUUUCCAUCUGCAUAUAUAGAGAGGCAGGAAAAAGCACCAGUGAGCAAAUUAUUGUAAGCAAGUUCAUUCCCACGAUCUUCACAUCUCGUAUAUUAAACUCACUAUAAUCUGUAUAUACAUACGGUUUUGGCUUUAUAAUAGUUUCAAGUUGGAUGAAAUGCUUGGCCCUUUAUGGUUAGCAUUGUGCUGUGCAGAUUUAAACUUAUAUUUGUAACUUUGUAUUGUUUGAGGGUAAUAAUGCAAUUAACGUGUCCUACCUUUUCCUUGAAA